AUGGGCUCGACACAAGACCUAUGUGAAAUAAACAGAUUAAAUGUUAGGAAAUGUCAAAACCACUUCAAGAUAUAUGCAGUCUAUAAUCCACCUAAGAAUUGUCCCAACUUUAACUUUCUGAACAUCUCACACAAAACUGUAGAAUUAGGAGACUUCAAUGCUCAUGCCACCAGAUGGGGCUACAAGGAUGCAAACAUAGCUGGAAAGGAAAUUGAAGACAUGCUAAACAGCAACACUCUGGAACUUAUUUACAGCAAUGAGGAUCCGGCUACAUAUUCGCACUACAAUGGAACCAGAACAACUCCUGACUUACUCCUGGUUUCGAGCGACAUCAGCGAGCAUACACGCCGAAAAAUAAUUGACGAUCCUGGUUCUGGUCACAAACCAGUCAUUGAUAGUAUUACCAUCGGCAGCUAA